AUGAAUUCAAGUUUGCUAAUUUUCCUACUUUUGUGGUCUGUUUUUGGUGCCGAUGCAUUCAAUUAUACCAGCUGUGAUCAGGCCAAAAAACCUAAAAUGCUGAGCUCGUGCUGUAAAAUACCAAUAUAUAGUGAGAUCAGCAAGUCCUGCAGGAAAUCUAUAAUUCGACAAAAUAAAACAACAAAUUGGAAUGAAAAUAAAUUGGCACUAAACGCGUGUACUGCGGAAUGCGUGUUUAAAAGUAGCGGCUACCUUCUGUCGAAUGGCUCGGCUGAUCUACCAGCAAUUCAAAAAGACUUAAAGCAACGUUUCAAGAACGAUUCUGUUCUAGCGAAAGUAAUGAAUGAAGCAUUUAACAGCUGUGUGGACUAUGCCCAAAAACGAACUGUUGAGUUUGAGUGGCUGCACGUGAACAUUGACUGCAAUUAUUAUCCUGCUACUUUACUUGCCUGCGUUAUGGAGCAAGUCUAUGAAAACUGUCCAUCGUCUAAAUGGAAAAACUCAGACGAGUGUGAGUCGAUGCGUAAAUAUUUAAUUGCAUGUGAUGAUGUGCACAACAGUAAUUAA